GUCAACUACCUCCGGAGGAAGGCGCCAGCUGCUGGCACGCAGAUGGAGAAUGCCGUCCGUUAUGUCCGGAACAGAGACAGACAGAGAGCAAGGGAUGCUGCUGCUGCUUCAACUGCUGCUGCCGCUGCCACCACCACCACCACCAUGGCUGCAGCCACCGCCACCACCACCACCAUGGCUGCAGCCACCGCCACCAGCAGCAGCACCACCACCACCCCCGCUGCAGCGACUGCCACCGCCAGCAGCAACAGCACAGCCUCUGUCUCUGCCGCAAGCCAGAGAGCCAGGAGUGCAUCACAGCACAUGUUUUACUGUCAAGCUGUCUGACUUGGAUGUAGCUGAAUUUUUAAAAAAUGUCAGUAUUUGUCAUAUUGUCUCAUUACAGAUGUUACUGUGUGUUUUCUUGUUAAGGCCUCUUGGUUCUGCGCUUGCGGCCUUUGUCUCCAGGCAGCGUUCUCUGUCUGCGGUGGACAUGCAGGCCAAAAUAAAAAGGAUGCUGGUCCCUAAGCCUGCACGUCCAGCCUCCUCCUUCCACCCAUUCAGUCCAGCUCUGCCAUCAAAACCACCCGAGGAGCCUUCGGAUGAAGAGCUGGUCAGGGCAGUAGUUGACAUCAGAGGAGAGGAAACGACAGAUGUACCGGCCCCUCUCUCGCUCCCGCAGCAUCCACCUCCUGCCCCCACCUCAGCAGGAUCAAGGAUGGGGGCAUGUCUGUCUAUGGUGACAAAGCUGUAUAAUGUUUCGGUUUUUCCAGGCUGUCCAGCUGUGUAAAUUCUACCUUCUAGAAGUGGCUCAACAGGAAGUGCAGACGUACUGAAGACUGCUGUCUACUGACUCAACACCUGGAUACCACUUAAACAAGACCAGGAACCUUUUUGUUUCGAGUUCAAACUUGUGUUUAAGUGUCCAUUUUGAUAGGUAGAGAAUUUUAGGGCACUGUUUUGAGCAAACUUUUGCAACAACUAAGCUGGAUACAGAUGGCAUUUCUGAUUUAUCCUCUAAAAUUUCACUUAGACUACACUUGACUA